GAUGUAUGACUGUUUGGCAUAUUUCUGCAGUGGGCUGCCUCUGAUGGUGAUCAUUCACAAGACUUGGUGUGGCGCAUGCAAAGCGUUGAAGCCAAAGUUUGCUGAAUCAAAAGACAUCUCCGAACUUGCCCACAACUUUGUGAUGGUGAAUCUUGAAGAUGAGGAGGAACCUAAAGACGACCAGUUCAGCCCAGAUGGCGGCUACAUUCCCAGAAUUCUUUUUCUUGACCCUAGUGGCAAAGUUCGCAGUGAGAUAACCAACAAAAAUGGGAACCCGAACUACAAGUACUUUUACAGCAAUGCAGAUCAAGUUGUGUCCGGUAUGAAGGAGGCCCAGGAGAAACUGACCGGUGAUGCCUUCAGGAAGCAACAUGUUGGGGAUGAGCUGUGAGAGCUACAAGGAAAUAUGCAGAUAUCCACGAGGGUACAUCAUGCCAAAACAUGAUUAGUCUCUCCAUCACCAUCGUCCACUCCUCACCACUACCAACAAACCUUGACUACAGCAUUAGCGUUGUUCAUUCAUGAACCCUCUGGUCUGUGUAGCUGCUGAACCCCUGAAGACUACACCAGAUGAAUCAGGCAGAUGGUGCUCUUGCUGGUGAGCAAUGCAUUUUGAGAACCAAAGCUGACAUCACUUUGUCUCUGCUGAUUUCACGAGGUGCUAUUUAGUCUGUGUGUGUGUUUUCUCUGUCAUUGUCAUGAACUGCAAUAUAAAGGAGUGUAAAGCCCUGUACAUAUAUGAUGUAGAU